AAUUUACUCAACGCUUUCCCCGACGAAAACAAGGAAGUAACGAGGAAAAAGGACGAGGAACUGUGUGUAAAUCUUAGAUUUAUAAUCCCAAAAACGCCGAAUUCGGUCAUUUGGAUUUCUCGUCUCCUAGAUUAAUUUAUCCACAGUGAAGAACAAUGAACAACAAAGGUUCAUAUCCACCCCAAGCUGUUUAUGCUCAGCAGAGCACAGCACCUGUUUAUCCACCUAAUAUGCAAGUCCCUGCUCAGGUGUCUCCUUAUCCAGAUGCCCCUCCUCAAUACUCAGAGCUGUAUCAGCCUAGGUAUAUGUCCCCUCAUGCCCCUGGACAGAUCCCUCAAAUGACCUCUGCAUACCCUGGCACCCAGAUGUACAUGCACAUGCCCCAGACUGUACCAAUUGGAGCAAUGGGCCACGGUGUCCCUAUGGCAUACUACCCGAUGGGGCCCGUGUACCCUCCUGGCUCCACCGUCAUGGUGGAUGGUGGAUAUGAUGCUGGAGCUCGCUUCGGGCCUGGCACUAGUUCCUCCAUUCCUCCUCCACCACCUGGACAACUCCCUAAUGCAGCUCAGAUGGCAGCCAUGCAAGGUGCGAAUGUGAUGAUGACACAACGCAAGGGCAACUUUUUCAUGGGUAGCUCCAGCGGUUACACUAUCUGGUAACAUUGAGCAUCACCCUGGGCCUGGACCGAAGCCCUCCUUCCUCCCUAGUUCCCACUCCUUAAACCUUUUCCCUUCUCUGCCUCCCUCGGGGCAGCUUGGCUAAGCCACAAUACUGAUUAAAUCUAAUGGAAUGUAAUAUUUUAGAGCCCCUGACUUAAGGUACAGUACUCCGCUGUUGGUGUAGAACACAAUUAUUGUGUCACAAUGUUGUAAGUUUGAACUUCAUGUGAUCGUACACGUCAUGCAUCACAACAUUGUAAUUAACUGGCUAAUUAAAAAAAGAAAACUCUUGGGGGAAAAAACUGCUUAUUUCUUGCUUUAUUUGCUUUAAUGUGCCUCUUACAUAUAUUUUCUAGUUGCAACAUUUGGUUGUCAUCUUGAGCCAGUUGGAUCUUCUGUGUCUGAAGUAGCUAUGCACUUGAAACUUUCUCUUUGAACAGUACGCUUGACUAUGCCUUUUAUUCAUGUCAUUUAUUAAGAUAAAAUAACCUGAAUGUCACCACCUAGAUUAUUUUAUCUUAACAGUUUAAAAGAAAUAAGGUAGAGAAAUAAGUGGAUUGCAAUUUUGUCAGAUAUGUAAAAUAAGGAAAUAAGCACUGCAAAUCAAGGAGAAAGAUGUGUUUACAAACUCAACCAAAAGCGGAGUAUUGUACCUUUUGGCAAGCUUAAAUAUUAUCGGGUGGCAAAAUUGUAUUGCACACCAUUAUUUAAAAACAUAGAAAUUUACAUAUGAACGAACCUUAAUGCAGUAAAAGAGAGGGAGAGCGAAUAAGACAAACUAAACCCAUGUGGUUCAGACAAGUUGGUUUCAUUUUCUUUGUUUUUAUUGUCAAUAUUCCCCCUUCAUGUCGGAUACCCAGAGCUGUACAUAACGCAGUUUUACUUAGAUUUCUCAAAAUGUGUCAAACAGCUUCCUCAUCUCCAACUAUAUGUGCUUCUUACACAAACUUUAGCAUUAUCCACAGAGGUCAGGGCUUAAUUAAAAGACAAUUUAUUUUCAGUAUUUUAAACUUUGGCACAUCAAGCAUUUUGUUUGCUUAUACUUUUUAUUGUUGGGAGCUGCUUGUACCAAAGAUCUGGACUAGAAUGCACUAAAAGCAUUUUUUUUAUUUAAUUUUUUUGGCUAAGUUUUAUAAGUCUCCUAUCGUGGUAAGUCUGCACACAGGUUCAUACAAAAAUGUAUAAACAUAUCAUAUUUUGGUGAAUGUGAUUGCUUUGUGGGUGCUACACACACCUGGCAAAGCAAAUCACUCUUGUGAGUGCAUUUUGUAGAGGUGUGUGUUUAAAACUGAUGAUAUAUAAAUGUUGCCUAGUUGCAUCUUGAUGUUUCCGCAUGCACUUUUAUUCAAGUUUUGUUCUUAAUAAAAAAAAAGUUAUCAUUGU